UUUGGACACACUCCCGCUCUUGCCUCUGGGGAACGGGUUUGGUUUUCUGCUCCUUUCACAAGCCCUAGAUUUCUCCUUUUCGUCUUCCUCGUCUCGCCAUGAAACUCGUCAGGUUUUUGAUGAAAUUGAACAAUGAAACGGUUUCGAUCGAACUCAAGAACGGGACAGUCGUGCACGGAACUAUUACGGGUGUAGAUGUUAGUAUGAACACACAUUUAAAGGCUGUGAAGCUCACUCUGAAAGGGAAGAAUCCAGUUACAUUAGACCACUUAAGUGUCAGAGGAAACAACAUUCGGUAUUAUAUUCUUCCUGACAGCUUAAACCUGGAGACCUUGCUAGUUGAGGACACACCAAGAAUCAAGCCAAAGAAGCCCACUGCAGGGAAGACAGUGGGUCGUGGCCGUGGGCGCGGCCGUGGUCGUGGACGUGGCCGUGGCCGUUGAAAAUUUUAGCAGUGGUUACAUUCUGAGACACUGAUUUGUAAGGACAUGUGGUGGUGACUGGUGAGGAUCGGUUUCAUGGGAAAAGAAAGCAGCCUUUGGCAAUUUCUAUAUUUUUUGUUGACGUUUCUCUAAACCUGCACUUUGAUGUAAUUGGAGAAAACGAUUGAUGAUUGUGUUUAGAAAGCAACAUGAAGUGAACCGAGAUAUAUAAAGUCAUCCCAAUCUGUUU